ACUGAUAAUGGUGCUUAUGAGGUUGUUAUAAGACAUCCUCAGAACGCUAGAAUGCCACUCCAUAUCACUCUACUGCAUCCUCAACCAUCGUUCACCCAUCUCAUCGGCAGUACCAUUCGUUGAGGUUGGUCGAGGUGUAUUAUUGUUCUUUACCGUUACGACAACUCAAGGAACGAUGAAGACUGCAUUGUUGAGCCUGUUGGGCUAUGCUUAUAUCCAAUUAACUUCCUCUCUACCAAUCGAAGAAAAGCCUGGAUUUACGCCAUGGCCACUAGAAAAACGAGCUGGAAUUGCGAUUGCCGCGUCCAUAUUCUCGAAUCCUCAGGGGCCACAGUUUGGAGUACCGGAUAAUGAAUGUCGCGGCAAGCUAUUCGGCGACGUUGGAAGGUGUUUCCGGAUGGAAGACGUCACUGUAGAUAAAUUUCGGGCAAACCGAAAGGCAGGUGCCGAUUCCUGCACGGCUCCUUGCUUGUUCUACACAUCGCAUCUGUCAGGUGCAGCAGAGCGAACCGCCAAUUACGUCCUACACGAUAUGCUCAAACUCGGCGCUGUUGAAGGCCCCAAAGCCUUCCAGACUAUAUGGGACCUUCACGACAUAAAGUACUACCCGUACGGUAAAGACCUCGACAAAUCGCCCGAGUCGCGAUGCAUAUACGAGGACUGGGAAAAGACCGACUACGACAACAAAAUCAACGGCUGCCAAAGAUUAUACUUUAUGGCCAUGUCCAAGGCCAUGGCGAUGGAAUGCAAAGGCGAAGUCUUCGUGAUGACAAAUGCAGACCUGAUGAGUGGUGACCCGGUGCCCAUCGACGGCAUCUGGUGGCAGGUAGAGUUCCCAACGCUCUUCGACGGCAACAGACCAGCCGACAAGAAGGUUGACAAGAUUACGUAUAUCCAGGUCCCAAAGCUGACUGAAGCCGAGAUCCAAGCCUGGGACAAGAAGACACCUCCCAAGGAGAUGGGUCGGGGAGAGUACUGGCCGAAUGGACCGGGUGCCGCGCAUCUCCUUGCUAACCCUAUCGUCAUUCGCUCAGAAGACGAGCAAGCUCAGUCCAGCAUCUUGGAAGACCGUGACAUACAGUCUCCAGCUGCUUCUGUAUACCAACGAGCCACAGGUACAGAAUCAGACGGAUCAGAGGUGUUAGAGCCAGAUGACGACGGAUAUCCGUACCCCUAUUCGAUCGAUGAGAUGUACGAGUUCUACAAAUAUGUAGAUUUCUGAUCAGUUCGGCUUGACGAACCAUUUCAUAUAGCAUCGUUCCGGAGUUCAAGGGGAGGGUAUAACAACCAGUGAGCUUCUCAUAUUUUGUAUAUAAUGCAUUAGCAGUAUAUCAGGAAGUAUUAUAUGACAUCGAUCUGAAACUAUGAAUUCGGUACUUAUGGUCGCCAUUAAAUUCGAGUUUGUUUUCUUGCUCCUAUUAUGAAUUGCAACAUGCUUGAAGACAUGACAGUCUGGUC